UGCGGAACCUGCAAAAACCCUGACCUCUGCCGUUCCGUCGGCCGUCUUCCCACCACGCCCUCCCUCCUUCCGCCCACCUACUCCUCUUGCCGCCUCCUUUUUCUGAUCUUCCGUGUGUGUGUUGCGUUGCAGCCCUGAGUUUUGCAGGGACCCUUGUUCUUCCGAUUUUUGGAGAGUCAGGGUUUCGAUUGUAGGUCGGUUGUUGAAAGAUGGCGACUCUACCGGAAAAGAAGGACGAAGGCACCGCCGAUUCCCCUAUCUCCGUCUUGGAAGAGGAGGGAAAGUGCACGGACGAAGAACCGGCCCUUGCUGCCUCUGAGGAUGACGCUUCCUUUCAUGCGAAGAAUGGGGACUCUUCUCUCCUCUCGGAAACCAUGCUCAAGGAAGAGGCGUUGCUACAGGAGGCUCGCGAGAAGGAAGAUGGCGACGGCAACCGGGAGGAGGGCAACGUGACGGCGGGGGGUGACGUCGACAAUGGCAAUGCGUUGUUCAAUGAUGAGAAGAGGUUUAGCAAGUUGGAGGAGCUCCUGACUCGAGCACAUUGUUACGCCAUGUUCCUCUUUGAACAGAUGGAGAAAGGAUUUGAAGAGAAAAGUGUCGAUACGGCCCAGGAAGAGAAGAAACGCGGUCGGAAGCGGAAGGCUUCUUCUUGCAAUACCAAGAAGGCAAAGAAGGCAUUGACAGCAAUGUUGGCGAGGUCUCAAGAAGUCACUGAUGCAUCUCAAGAUGUCCAUCUCAGUGAAGAGGAGAGGACAGAGAGGGAGCAAGCCUCAAUUGUCCCUCUUCUGACUGGUGGAAAAUUGAAACCUUAUCAACUGAAAGGUGUCAAGUGGCUAAUUUCUUUGUGGCAAAAUGGAUUAAAUGGAAUCCUGGCAGAUCAAAUGGGGCUUGGAAAAACGAUACAGACAAUUGCCUUUCUUGCUCACUUGAAAGGGAACAACCUGCAUGGGCCUUACUUGAUAAUUGCUCCUCUUUCUACACUUUCAAAUUGGGUAAAUGAGAUUGCAAGGUUUGCUCCAUCAAUGAAUGCUAUCAUAUAUCAUGGAGAUAAGCAAGAAAGGCUUGCUCUGGUGAAGAAACACAUGCCAAGGGACAUUGGUCCAGAUUUUCCUCUUGUUGUUACUUCUUAUGAGAUUGCUAUGAAUGACUCAAAGGUGUUAGCUCGUUACUGCUGGAAAUAUGUUGUCAUUGAUGAGGGCCAUCGUUUGAAAAAUACAAAAUGCAAAUUGUUGAGAGAGCUGAAGCGAAUAAAGAUGGAAAAUAAGCUUUUAUUGACUGGAACACCUCUGCAGAACAACUUAGCUGAGCUCUGGUCCUUGUUGAAUUUUAUUUUGCCUGAUGUAUUCUCAUCUUGCGAAGAAUUUGAAUCAUGGUUUGAUUUCUCUGCAAAGUCUAAUGGUUCAGAUCACGGGGCAGAGUCAAGAGAAAAAAGAAAACUACAGGUUUUGACCAAACUUCACUUGAUUUUGCGGCCCUUUAUACUUAGAAGAUUAAAAGAAGACGUUGAAAAGAUGCUUCCUCGGAAGAAGGAAAUUAUUCUAUAUGCAAAUAUGACGGAACACCAAAAGAAACUUCAGGAGCAUUUGGUCAACAAAACUUUGGAAAAUUACAUACUGGGAAAGACCAUCUGUAGGACUUCUACUAUGAGAAGCAGGCUGACAAAUUUGUUCAUGCAGCUCCGCAAGAACUGCAACCAUCCUGACCUUGUUGAAUCUGCAUUUGAGGACUACACCCUAUAUCCUCCUAUUGAACAACUGGUGGAACAAUGUGGGAAGUUUCGCUUGCUAGACCGAUUAAUUUCACAUUUGCUUCAGAGAAAACACAAGAUCCUGAUUUUCUCACAAAUGACAAAGUUAUUGGAUCUUCUUGAUUACUAUUUCGAUGAAAAAGGCCUUCUAGUCUGCCGAAUUGAUGGCUCUGUUAAACUGGAGGAAAGGCAAAAACAAAUCAAAGAGUUCAAUGACUUAAACAGCAACGUUAACAUAUUUCUUCUGAGUACACGGGCUGGUGGACUUGGGAUUAAUCUCACUGCUGCAGAUACAUGCAUUCUUUAUGACAGCGACUGGAACCCUCAAAUGGAUUUGCAGGCCAUGGACCGAUGCCACCGUAUUGGUCAGACAAAGCCUGUGCAUGUUUAUAGGCUAGCAACUGCACAUUCAGUCGAGGGCCGCAUGAUAAAGAGAGCUUUUAGUAAAUUAAAGCUUGAACAUGUCGUCAUUGAGAAAGGGCAGUUUCAGCAAGAGAAAGAUAGGAAGCCGUAUGUUCUUGAGGAGGAAGACUUGCUGGCGUUACUUCAGGAAAAGGAAGAAGAUGAUGAUAAAGAAGUUCAAACUGAAAUAAGUGAUGAUGACCUUUUGAAACUUAUAGAUAGGAGCGAUAUGGUUGAUGGCGUUGAAACACUGAACCACCUUCCCCCUCGUGGUCCUGGUUGGGAGGUGGUGAUGUCGGCAAAGCAGGGAGGAUCUAUGCUUUCUUCACUUGAAAGUUGAUAAAGCGUACGACUUAAUGGGAGGGUUCUAAAUCUGGCUAUUUCGUUCCUUUUUGAGAUCUACCGAAGCGGUAUGCAUUUUUCAUUUUUCUUCCUGUUGGCUAGUUUUGGCUAAAGGUGCCACGGAAGUUUUGUACAGCCUUUUAGCUCCCGUGGAUGGAGCUCAUCUGUAGGUCUCCAUUUUGUUGGCCUCUGUACAUGCCAAGCAUAGAUCAUUGACAGAUUUAAUAUCUUAUCCGUUCAA